UACCACUGAAGUGCCAUGAGAGAGAAGAUGCCCACGGAGGAGGGGGUCGAGGCUGAUCUAGGGACCUUUUUCCAAGUGCCCUUGGGACAUCGAGGAAUCAAAAUAGAAGAACACAUACUAGCAGAUCUCAAAAUGAAGGAGAACCCACAGAAAGCAGGACAAACUUCCCACAUCCUUCAUGCCAGGGAAUUGUUGGACUGGAAAGCAUGUCCAUUGGUGAAGGAGGAGCCAGAGGUAUUGAGGGUCCAGAGCUGGGAAAUCCAAAGCCAAGAGACAGAACAGCCCCUUUGUUCUGGAUGGGGGAGAGCACGUUCAUUGGAACUUGAAUCCUGGAGUGACAUGCCUGCUCUUUUGGCUUCCUUUGAGCAUGUGGCUUAUGCCUGUCAGUGGCCCCGGGGAGAGCUGGUAGCCCGACUCUUGCCAGCCCUGAAUGGGGAUGCCCGAGAGGCCUACCUCAGCUUGAGUGCUAGCGACAGACAGGAUUAUGGGAAGGUGAAGGUUGCCAUCUUGAAGAGGGAACCCAUGGUGGCAGAGAAGCAGAGGCAACACUUCCGGCAGUUCCGGUACCAGGAAGCGAAAGGGCCAAGGGACGCAUACAGGAGGCUUCGAGAGCUUUGCCGUCGCUGGUUGAAUCCGGAAAGACGGACCAAGGAGGAGAUCCUGGAGUUGUUGAUCCUGGAGCAGUUCCUGAACAUUUUGCCUCAGGAAAUCCAAAGCCACGUUUGGGAACAAAUCCCUGAAACAUGUGCCCAGGUGGUAGCCCUGGCUGAGAAUCUUGAGGCCAGGCAGCAGGAGACUGAGAGACGGGAGGUUCAGGUCUCAGGGCUGUUGAAGGAUAUCGCUGUGAAUCCUCCCAAGGCUGAGUGUCUUCCAUCAGACAGCGGGCAGAGGCUCCUCUGUGGGGAGGCCAAGCAGACCAGUGGUGGGGAUGCCAGCUCACUGGGUUCUUCGGACACAGAGACAACGUGGGAUUCGUCUGUGGAUGAAAGAGGCUCUGGUGGGUCUGGGAAGCGAGGCCCAUCCACGAGGGCAGCAGCACAGGAGGCAACGCCAAGCAGAACUGAGGAGCACUUUCAAGGAGAAGAGUACAGGGAAAGGUUUGUGGAAGCAGAGGGCCUCCGGACUCGCCCUGGGGCUGCUGGCAGGGACCAUGCUUACUCAUGCUCCCAAUGUGGGAAAGGGUUCAGAUGGCCAUCAGCGCUGGCUGUACACCAGAGGACCCACACAGGUGAGAAAAGGCACCGCUGCACCGAGUGCGGGAAACGCUUUGGCCAACGCGGACAUUUGACUGUGCACCGGAGGAUCCACUCGGGGGAGAAGCCUUACGCCUGUCCCCAGUGUGGAAAGCAGUUUGUGGACUCUUCUCACCUCAACAAGCACCAGAGGACCCAUCUGGGGGACAGGCCCCACCACUGUGCCGAGUGUGGCCGAAGGUGUGCGAAUAAGCGGUCGUUGGUGCAACACCAGAGGAUUCACAGCAAGGAAAAGCUCUAGGCCACAGAUGCUCCCUGGCCUUUCAGAGAACACUUAGGGGUGGUGGGUACAGCAACCUCAACUGAGAGCAAGAGAGCUGCUUUUUCUAUCCUGGCCUUUAUUUUCUCUCAGGAGAAAGAAACCUGAGUCAAGGCCCCUUCCUGUUUGCCUGCAAAGCCUCAGUGCCUACUACAAUUCCAAAUGAAGGGAUACCUUGACCCUCUUUCCCCGUCAUCCAGCAAAUCUCUUGGCUCCAACAUAGAUCCCAGAGGGGUGGUGUACUUGGGCAAGGGAAGCAUGGGGGUUCAUGCACCCAUAUGUGGAGAAGGGUACAAAUGAGAUGGAUUCUGCCUGCCCCAGCCAUCCUCCCAGACAAAACAUUUUCAAGCCAUGUCUGUUUUAAGUAGAUCUUGAACACUAAGGUAUGGGGAGGGUAAGUGAUGAUGGCAUAAAGAAAUGCUCUUUGCAUCUGUGAUUGAGGGGAGGGGAGGCCUCGACACAACAUCUGUAUGCUGAAUACUUCCCAGGUGAAAGAAAAGAGACGAGUCCCAUUCAAAAGGCAGAACAGCACAUCCCUAGGGUAUGACCAACAAACCCCUGACCAAGAUAGGCUUCUGCCUGAGGCCACCGGGUCUGAUGGCUGAUAAAAUAGUUCAAUAUGGGCUCUGUAUGGAAGGAUUUUUUUAAGGCUUAUGGUGCUUUGAACACUUCUCAAGUACAUGUAGCAUGUGAGCCAAUCCAAUAGUGACCAUCUAUGGCCAUUGGCUACUCUGAGGCAGCUGCCAGCUUUCUCUUCAUCCUUUUAUGGAGGAACGAGAGCAGGAUUCUUCUCAGGCUGCGGGAUGCCAGCAGCUGAGAACUAGCAGGGAAUGGCUGCAUCAUGCAGGUGCUUUCUUUGCCUCUGGCUCACCCACCGCCUCAUCACUUCCACCUGAGGCGGUGGCACUGGCAGCAGAGACUCCACCCAAGGCAGCACUGUGAGCCUCUUUAAGGUGCAUCCUGAGAGGUACUCUUCCAGCAUUGAGCCUCCCUCACUAAUGCCCUGAAGUUUUGGUUUACACUAGAAGGGACAAAGUGGGAAUUCUGAUCAGCAUUAAUGAUUUUUGAGAAAAUAAUAGGUUCACUGUGAUUCUCAAUCAAUGAAUCCAGAGUAAAAAGGCACAAAGGCAAGCAGAUAUAAACAUAACAGAGUGAGAGCCACAAAGGAGCUCUGAAGGGCCCUCUCCGUCUUCGUUUCAUCCCUUUCCAAGGUCAAGAGUUGUAAAAACAGUUCUGUGAGUCUGAAGUAUCAGUAUCAGACAACUUACUGUGCACAGCACUGAUUGGUUGGUCUCCCUGUAAUGUCACCGAGAAACCUGUCCCCAAUCCUCAGAGGAGUUUUGCACUUUAGAAAUUAACCAUUCUUUUAAAAAGGCAAAGAUUAAAUGAACGGAUUGCCAUAUUUUUUAAAAGACUGUGUGAAAGAAGAUAACUGAGAGCUAAGCCAGCAUCUGAUUUUUGGUCUGCACGGCUUUUCUGUUUCUGUUAACCAGAAUGAAAUCCAAGUAAUACUUUUUAUUAGGAUCAACCAAAUUGACUCAAAACACUGUGCAAUCUUUCAAGCUCACCAGAACUCUUUGUCAGACUGGAUGUUACAAAUUUUACAAAGACAGAAAGGUGGGAAGCAGAUUUUUGAGGCCAUGUGGUCACACUCUGAUCUUGUUGGCAUCCUCAGGCAGAUACAAGCAGGCAGUUAGCUUAACUUUAUUGCUGAGGUGUUGAGUUACAGCACAUUCUCCAGGAAACCGUGUUCAGUCUAUGUCCUCCAUCUUCGUUCUCUCACUGAACUACAGAAAUAUUCCAAGUCUAUCCCAAAUUGGCUCAAAUACCAAAUAAGACAUACGGUUCCUUUGCAGGCUGUCAGCAAUAAUAUGGAGAGCUUGUAGUCUCUACAUUGCACUGUUUUGCAUUUUCUUGGUCUGAAUAAAAAGUAUUACACAGAUUUCGUUCUUGUUUCUGGAUCUUGUGCAAACGGAUAUUUCUGUAUAGUUUUUUUCUAUUUCUGUCAAUUCAGUUGCCUUUUCCUGCACUACUAGUUGGUGGCAGUAUCAGAUGAGGCAAAGGGUGAUCUUCACUCGUUAUUGGUGCUGCUGGCUGGACCUGAGGCAAAUAGCUCCUGCCACGCUAGCUGCUUUGACUUUCCUGUUGGCCUCUGUCAGAAAGGGAAGUCUAGAGAACGAGGGCAGUCUAGAGGUGACACGGAGAAUCUUUUUGUAGUUACACUCAUUGCCCAUUCAUGUCCAAAGUGGAUGGAGGGGGAUAUCUGUAGGCUGAUCAGAUGAGUUUUUGUUUCUACUAUUGCAUGUCUUUAACAGGGUGGAUUCUUUGCCUGCCUACUUUGGCAAGCAGGUGCUCUGGCAGAGUACAGCUACACUGAGAUAAUGUGAGAUGAUCCUUCCAGGACAGUGUUGAUAGAUCUCCGGCCUAAAGAUGCUUUUAUUCACUGAGGGACAAAAAACAUAACAACACUUCUGUUGGAUCAGACCAAAGGUCCAUCUUGUCCCACCACAACAAACUGGAAGUCCAAAGAGCAGGGCAUAAGUAAUAAUAAUAAUAAUAAUAAUAAUCGAUUUAUAUACCGCCCUUCAGGACAACUUAAUGCCAACUCAGAGCGGUUUACAAAGUAUGCCAUUAUUACCCCACAACAAUCAAUGUGAGGUGGGUGGGGCUGAGAGAGCUCCAGAGACCUGACUCACCCAAGGUCACCCAGCUGGCUUCAAGUGGAGGAGUGGGGCAUCAAACCCGGCUCUCCAGAUUACAGUCCCAUGCUCUUAACCACUAAACCAAACUGGCUCUUCCUCUGAUCACUACAGAGCCACGGCUCAACUAACCUUGACAGGACAUGGUCUGACUCAGUAUAAGGCAGCUUCAUGUGAAGAUUCCCUUUAGAUAUGGACAUUUACUGUUGAUUGCUUGUUCU